CAGUAGCAGAACUCGCGUGAUCGCGAAGCGCCACAGCGUCAGUAACAUUUAUUUCAUCUCCUCAUUUUCCGUGCCAUCUUCAGCGAUGAUACGUAGUGCAACGGGCAUCGAGUUAGUUUCUGUACACAGUUUGGAGUUUCUGCGGUUGAACCCCAACAUGUAAAUGUUAGCUCCCAGGGCGGUUAUGUUGAAUUCAAGUUUGCAUCACUCUGUCUUUCAUCGAAUUCUCGAGUCCCCCGGGAUAGUUCUCUAAUUGACGAGCUUUAUAUUUCGACUGUCGUGAUCAACGGCCGCAUUCACUGGUGUUCCAUGAAAUAAAUAAGUUUCUCAUAGGAAAAUGAGAAUUGUUGGGACGUCGAAGACUGUGGAAUUGGUUCUGUUCAUGCUGUGUAUUUUUAUCUGUAAUGGAGCGAACGUGAGGAGCAGCGGGAAUCUCAAGAAUACAAGGAAUCCCAGUAUCUCUUUGAACAUUGGAAUAUUGGAUGUCCCCUCAGCAUCCACCGAGGACAGUGGUAGCAGCCGGUAUCCAUCGAGCAGUCCCUCAGAAUUUCCUGAUACUUCGAAUGGGAACGGAUUCCCGGGGAAUACCCGGCCUGUGCGCCAGAAUCACCGCCAUUCAAAAUCCGAUGCCUCUCGCGGACUCUCCCUGAACUCAUUUCAAGGCCACCAACUGGAUCCGGGUGGAGACCAGAAUGGCCAUCAUUAUGAUGAAGUGAAUGAUCAGAAUAGACGUUCUGAUAUUAAUCGUCAACAUUUUAGCUCAUCCUCGGGGCGUCAGUCCCCUGAAGACUUCCGUCAUGAUCGUAAUAGUAAUAAUCGCGGGACGAGUAAUUUAACCCCAAAUUUAGGGGAUUCAAUAAGGAGUCCAAAACCUAAUCAAGACAUUUACGGAGGUGGAGUACUCUCUCAGUCGUCUGGCCGACAGAAUCACUACGAUAGCAACAGCCAAGCGGUAAGACGACUGGGUCAAAGCGGUUACCCGGGUAACGACGAGGGAAUAUCAUCUGGAGUUGAUAGUUUUAAUGGAAAUGUAAAUGUAGGCGGUGGACGCAGACCCCAAGUGUCUGGAGAAAACUCAGGUUACCAUUCGCUGAAUGCGAAUGCAGCAUCUCAGAGUGAAAAUGGAUACAGUAGCGGGAUCGAUGACAGUUUCGAUGGAAAUGAUGAUGGACCGGGGAGAGAGCCCUUACAAGGGAGUAAUGGGAGGAGACCUGGGAGUGGAAAUGGAUUCGGGGGGAAUCAGGAUGUGCGGAGACCUGAGAUUUCGAGAGGGUACAGGGAGGAUGCGGAUGACGGAGGAAGGGAUGAAAAUAACAGAAAAUCGAUAACAAAUUUACAAGGGGGUGAUGGGAGGAAGCCAUCGGGGGGCGGUGGGGGCUUUGCGAGCGGUUCUGGGGGGAGACAGAGGUAUGCGACGGAGAGAACGACGACCCGGGGGUAUCACGAGACGAGUACAACUAGACCUUAUCGAAGAACAACAUCAAGACCAGAAGAUGUAUCAGAGAGCGGCUGUCGCCUCCCUCGUCAGCCCCGAGCCGGUCAUUACGAUCUCGGCGGUUGUGAUGCGCCCUGUGAUAAAGAGCCCGGUGAUUUUGUACCCAACACGAGUGUAUUAACGUACACAUGUGACAAUGGCUUUGUGCGAAAUGGCAGUGCAGUGUCAGUAUGUUUGAACGACUCGUGGUAUAUGCCACCCUCGUGCCUGAGAACUUGUCCACCAUUGGAGAGCAUCAGUGUCGAUAUCACAUGCAAGUUACGGGACAGUGAAGUGGCAUGCGAUGUGCCCGUUGCACCUGGUACACGCGCAACUCUUGCUUGCAAACACUCUUACAAGAUUCCGUUGACGGAGGAUCCAGCGUACAGGGAGAUCAGGUGUUUGGAGGAUGGAGUCUGGGAUCGACAAUUGUUUAGGUGUCUUCCAAAAUGCGGUACGACGAUAGCACACGGAAGUACCCUAGUCGUAAAUGGUUUUACCGCCAAGGUCGGAGUGUUCCCCUGGCACGUUGGCAUAUACGAGAAGAAGUCGAGGCAUGUUUACGAGCAAAUCUGCGCUGGUACACUGAUAAACAGCAAUCUGGUUGUUUCAGCGGCACACUGUUUUUACGACGAGAGUAUAAACGAGCCGAAGUCGGCCUCCAAAUACUACGCGGCAGCUGGCAAACACUAUAGAAGUUGGAGCAGAGAAGAGGACUACUCUCAAAAGACCCGAAUCAAGACUAUCAAUAUCGCACAGAGGUACAUAGGUGCUCGAGGCAACUUCGCCCAGGACAUUGCCCUUUUGGAGGUUCAAACUCCAUUCGACUUGACUGAUCUUGUCCACCCAGUUUGCUUGGACUGGGACAACGUCCUCGAACGUGAGCAUCUACAAGUUGGCAGAUAUGGAAAGGCAGUCGGCUGGGGAAAAACACUGGAUGGUGAGCCCAGUGAGGAGCUUCAAGGAAUAAAUGUACCGUUCGUGUCAUUUGAUCAGUGUGUGGCUGACGUACCAAAGGAUUUCCGGGGCUAUAUAACACCGGACAAGUUUUGUGCUGGCUACAGAAACGGAUCGAGUCUGUGCGAGGGCGACAGUGGCGGAGGUUUGUGCUUCGAGAGCAAUGGCCUUUGGUACUUGCGGGGAAUAGUGAGUGUCAGCCCGGUCAAGGAUCACAGUUGUGAUUAUCAGUCGUAUACUGGAUUCACGUACUUCAGCCAUUUUCGGGACUGGAUUCGUAGUGCUUUUCUUAAAACGUAGGGGAGAUGUGGUUGAUGAUGAUGUGAUUUUGGUGGAGAAUAAAGAGAUGUGGAGAAUGUGUCGAUGAA